AUGCCGCACGUCGCACGAGCUAUACUAUUGGGUUCAAUCUCAACUGGCCUUGUUUCUCUUCUAUCUUUAGCCGGAGCCUUUAUUGUUCCUCUUUUGCGUGGUCCAUCCAAAAAUAGAUGGAUGCACUUUUUCAUAUCCAUGGCUGUUGCAACAUUGAGUUCAGAUGCCCUUCUACAUAUUAUUCCCCAAAUUUUGGGAUUACAUAAUCACUCUAGCGAAGCAGAGCAUUUGAACACUACGAGUGGCAGCGACGCUCAUCAGGAUCAUUCUCAUCAACAUCAUAACCAUCAACAUCAUCAUCAUUCUCAUAACUCGAGUCAUUCAAUUGAAGAUCAUGAUUCUGCAAAUGAUGAGCCACAUCAUCUUCAUCAACAUUCACAUGAGCAUUCUCAUGAUCAUUCCCAUGAUCACGUUGAUCUAUGGACUAUCACUGAAGACAGAACCAUCCUUAUGUAUCUCUCACUCAUCAUGAUAGCCGUAUAUCUUCUCUAUUUGAUGGAGUUCAUAGUUUACAACAGAAAGAAAACUCAUCGGUGUAAAAUACCUGAAGGACACAGCAUUGCUGGCAAAGAAAUUUUCGAGGAUAGCGAAUCUUCCCUAAGCGACUCAAGAGUUUCAGCUUGUCAGAAAAGUGAUAUAUCCACUGAUGAUGAAGAAAAUGCUGAACAAACAGCGUAUUGUUGCGGUUUGAAGAGCCGAGCCGUUGUAAUUUUGAUGGGAGAUGGAAUUCAUAAUUUGGUUGACGGAGUCGCUAUCGGGGCUUCAUAUCUAGCUUCAACCCAAUUAGGCAUUAUAACAACUAUUGCCGUUGUAUGUCACGAACUGCCACACGAACUCGGAGAUCUCGCUGUCUUGCUAGAUUCUGGAUUAAGCAUGUGGAAAGCAUUGGCAUUGAAUCUUCUGUCUGCUCUAACAGCUUUCAUAGGAUUGUAUGGAAGUAUUGCUUUAGGAUAUAAUGCUGAAGCUGAAAAGAUGUUACUUGCUCUAACAGCUGGAAUGUUCUUGUAUGUAGCAUGGAUUGAUAUGUUAGCUCAUCUGAAGCAUGACGGAGUUCAUCGUGAUCACUGGCUUGUCAUUUGUACUUUACAAUCACUCGGCUUUUUCAUCGGCUUUUUCAUGGUGUUCAGCUUAGGUUGGCUUGAACAUGAUCUUUUUCAUUAA